AUAUAUCCGCGACAAGAACUGACACACCAUAGAGAUUUACCAGAGAGUCAUGGAGGCGUUGUGGCGAUAUGUCAGUUUAUAGUGAAAGUGUGUUUUUAUUUUUACACAACGAUAUUUUUACGUUACGUAACGGGAAUAUUUCGAGAAUUGGCUAUGGAUUCUGAAUUCUCCGAUGGCGAAGGGUUUGGAAUUGAAGUGAUUAUAGAUGCUAAAGACGGAAAAGCACCAUGUUGUCCCCAUGGCCCCACGCUGCUAUUUGAGAAGCUGUGCGGAGGGGGAGAGACGCAGGGCAGGCGCUUCUACGCCUGCUCCGCCUGCAGAGACAGAAAAGACUGCAGCUUCUUCCAGUGGGAGGAUGAGAAGGUUUCCCAGGCUAGGCUCUUGGCCCGAGAGAAGGAAAAUCAAUCAAAGCAGCCUCCUUAUUCUCAUCAGGAAUACUGCUCCAGGUUCAGGGAGUUUGUGUCCUUGCCCCUGGACCAGAGGAGGUUCUGCCAAGACUGUCAGCUCCUGCUUCUCCCCAAUGAGUGGAGCGAGCACGCCACUCACAGGGCGCUCGGUGAUGACAUCACAGUGGCCCGUCUGAGGAGGCCGAGCCUGCUGCUGUGUCCCCUGGAGAACAAGAAGAGCAAUGCGCAGUACCUGUUCGCUGAUCGCAGCUGCCACUUCCUGCUGGACCUGCUGGCCAGUUUGGGGUUCAGCAAGGUGCUCUGUGUUGGGACUCCCCGGAGUUCCUCUGUGCAUUUGACCUCCAGACUCCAUGAGCUGAUGAAGAUCCGCAACCAGGAAACAGGAAAGGAAGUUCUGAGGAGCCUCCUACUGGACAUUGAUUUCAGGUAUGCUCAGUUCUACAGCCAAAAGGAAUUUUGCCACUAUAACAUGUUCAACCACCACUUUUUUAACCCUGAGGGCGCUGAAGCCGUUUUUAAGGCCUUCUUGAGCGAGGAAGGCCCUGAGAAGGUUGUCAUGGUGACCGACCCACCAUUCGGAGGGCUGGUGAAACCCCUGGCGCACAGUUUCUCCCGAAUCUCGAACACGUGGAAGACCCUCCAGGGUCCAGAGAGCAGCAGUAAGGAGAUGCCCAUUGUCUGGAUCUUCCCCUACUUCUUUGAGUCCCGCAUCUUGGAAUGCUUCCCCUCCUUCUCCAUGUUGGAUUAUCAGGUGGACUAUGACAAUCACCCUCUCUACAAGCACGGGAAGACGGGGCGCCGCCAGUCCCCCGUCCGGCUCUUCACCAACCUCUGUCCCCGAAACGUGGUUCUGCCCGAGAGCGAGGGGUACAGGUUCUGCUCUGUCUGCGAGAGGUACGUGUCCUCGGGGAACCGGCACUGCCCCGUCUGUGACGCCUGCACCUCGAAGGACGGGCGGGAGUGGAGGCACUGCGCGCCGUGUAAUAAGUGCGUAAAACCCUCCUGGCUCCACUGCUCUGCGUGUGGCCGGUGUGCCCUGCCGGACCACCCCUGUGGGAGGGGCCAGACUGGCUGCUUCACGUGCAGCAGCCUGGGGCACAAGCGCAGGGCGUGUCCUCACAGUGGCAAACUCAGAGAGAACAGAGGUCAGGCCGCAGGGAGGAGACCCGGAGCAAACCUGUCCAAACAGAUCGCCAGCAGAGUCGCAGUCAGAAAGGGCAAACCAUCUCGCACAUCAAAGGCACACAAAGUCACGUGACCUCCCCGUGCCGCAGUUCCUGCAGAACGCAUGUUUGUACGUGUAUAUGCAUCUUGGAAGUGCUCAAAAUAUUUUGUAUUAAAGAUUUUUCUUCUUCUGUAGAUAACAGUUUGCUUUUUGCAUCUCAAAUGGUAUAUAGAGAACAAAUUAAUUAAUGGUAUUUCAUGUGAAAGUAUUCACAAUCAGUUAUUGUGAAAACAGAUUCUUUUUGGAAUAUAUAUAUAUAUAUAGUAGUUCUGGGAGCACAGAAACUAAAUUAAGGUCUGUAAACACUCCAGUCUCAUUCCUAUUCUAUCAUGUCAUAUACAUAGUCUUUGCAGUGCAUUGAAUAAAAUGGGCUUCUCGUAAAUAGCAUUACUCAAACCACAGAAAAUAAAACAUCUCAUAAUAAACUCUUGGCCAUGAGCAGAGCUCCACUAACAGUUUACAUGCAGGUUGAUUACAAGGCCGUUCAUGUUUGAAUAGAUGUAGCGUAGUCGUGGGGUUUUUCCAGCGAUCAUACUGGUUCUCCUCCACCAGGGGGCAGAGUGCUACAGGAAUGCUAGAAUGCAAAGCGAACUAACAUGGCAUUGCAGGUUCCCACAUCCUGUUUAUGUGUGGUCAGUUUAAAAGGCUAAUAUUCAUGUUUCUCUCUUUAUGUGAAAGACCUCAGUGGGAAUGUAUCUGAGUUUUGUGGUAACCAGUAAGGUGCUACUGUGAAGCUGUUACCCCGACUAACAUGUUGAUGUGAUUGGCCCAAAAGUGCCGUCUGGUGGCUGUAAAUGUAGUACUGGCAUGCUGAGCAGAUUUAUGCUGGCAUUUAAUGUCAACUGUUGUUUUUUUUUCCUGAACAGCUGGGUUAUAAGGCUGUUUUUGAUGACUGUAUUUUGUAAUUCUGGCAAUACUGACUGCCAAACAUGCUUUGGCUACAAUUAAAACAUAAAAGUGUAGAUAAAAGUA